AUGCGUUACUUGCCAGUUUAUCGAAUAAUCUCUUUUAGUGCUUAUUAAGUAUUCUUUGUGUGUGUAUUUUAUAUCCAUAAUCGCUUGUACUAUUAAAAAUAUGUUAGCAUAAAUUAUAAUUAGAUACGAUAUAAAUAUGUGGAAAGCGAGGAAAUUCAUUGACUUAGCGCGGAAAACUCCGAUAAGGAGAUAUGGAACGUCUAAAGACAAGAUAAUCGCCAUAAGGCGCGAGGACCAAAGCAUAUGGGAGAGAAGGGCCCCCUUCGCCCCGAGCCACGUCAGAAAACUGGUGAAAAAGGGGGUAAAAGUGAUAGUACAGCCCAGCAAUCGUAGGGCUUACCCCAUGCCCGCCUAUAUAAACGCGGGGGCCACCGUGCAGGAGGAUAUUUCGGAGGCUUCGGUGAUAUUCGGAGUCAAACAAGUGCCCGUGAACCAGCUGAUACCUGAAAAAACCUACUGCAUGUUCUCCCACACGAUCAAAGCGCAGGAAUCCAAUUUGCCCCUGUUGGACGCCAUCUUGGAAAAGCGCAUCAGGCUCAUCGACUACGAGAAAUUGAUGGACGAAAAAGGCAAUCGCGUAGUAGCCUUUGGAAAAAUGGCCGGCAUCGCAGGCUCCGUGAACAUUCUACACGGGCUAGGUUUAAGGCUGCUGGCCUUGGGCCAUCACACGCCCUUCAUGCACAUCGGACCAGCUCACAAUUACAGGAAUUCCAGCAUGGCCAGGCAAGCGGUAAGAGACGCCGGCUACGAAAUAGCCUUGGGCCUGAUGCCCAAGUCGAUAGGUCCUCUAACCUUCGUUUUCACCGGCUCCGGUAACGUGUCCCAAGGAUCCCAGGAGGUCUUCCAGGAGCUCCCGCACGAGUACGUCACCCCCGAGUUCCUGAAGAAAGCGGCCGAACACGGCAGCCUGAACAAGGUCUACGGAUGCGAGGUACGUAGAAAGCACUAUCUGGAGCGCAAAGAGGGCGGAGGCUUCGACGCGGCGGAGUACGAGGAGCACCCGGAGCGCUAUGUGUCCACUUUCAGCAAGAAAAUCGCCCCCUACGCGUCGGUAAUCGUCAACGGAAUCUACUGGGCGGUGAACAGCCCCAAAUUGCUCACCAUACCCGACGCCAAGCACCUGCUGAAACCGGCCCACGCCCCUUGGCUGCCGACCUCGUACGGGGCCCCUUCGUUGCCCCACAGGAUGCUGGGCAUUUGCGACAUAUCCGCCGAUCCAGGUGGUUCCAUUGAGUUUAUGAACGAAUGCACGACCAUCGACACUCCGUUUUGCCUCUACGAUGCCGACAGAAACAAGGACACGAACAGCUUCAACGGGCCGGGGGUUUUGGUGUGCAGCAUCGACAACAUGCCCACGCAGAUACCCAGAGAGAGCACCGAUUUCUUCGGGGAUUUGCUGUACCCCUUCGCCUUCGAUAUAUUGCAGAGCAACGCCAAGGAUCCCUUGGAGAAGCACCAGUUUUCACCUGUUGUUCACGGAGCGAUAAUAGCUAGUAAUGGAAGUUUAACGCCGAAUUACGAGUACAUUCAGGAGUUGAGGAAAACCGCGGGGAAAAGCCGUGUAAAUAAAGAGGAGAUGGAGAAAAACGUGCUCAUUUUAGGCGCUGGAAGAGUCGCUUCUCCUCUAGUUGAAUAUUUAUACAGAGACAAGUCCAUAGGACUCAGGAUAGCGUGCGAACAAAGGGAACUAGGAGACGCUAUUUCUAAUCAAUAUCCAGGUGUGGAUAGUGUGUAUUUGAACGCUGCAGAAAACCCAGCUGCUUUACAGGAACUAGUAAAGAAAUCCGACGUAGUAGUAUCCAUCCUGCCGGCGUCUCUCCAUCCGCGCGUAGCCAGGACGUGCGUCGAGGAAGGCGUCCACAUGGUAACGGCCAGUUACAUGUCCGAUGAAAUUCGCGAUCUCCACGAGGCCGCCCGAUCGGCCGGCGUCACCAUAAUGAACGAGGUGGGCUUGGAUCCGGGCAUCGACCAUCUGCUCGCCUUGGAGUGCCUGGAGGAGGUGAAGAGCUCCGGCGGCAGGAUCAGAUCGUUCGAAUCGUUCUGCGGCGGCCUGCCGGCGCCCGAGCACAGCGACAAUCCGUUGCGGUAUAAGUUUUCUUGGUCGCCCAGAGGGGCCCUGUUGAACACGGUGGGAUCUGCCAGGUAUUUGAGGAAAGGGCAGAUCGUGGAAAUCUGCAAAGGCGGCGAAUUGAUGCGAGCGGCCAGACCGUUGAACUUCCUGCCUGGUUUCAACCUGGAAGGGUUUCCGAACCGGGACAGCAUUAAAUACGCUAAGAUGUACGGCAUCGAAGAAGAGGCCACCACCGUCCUGCGGGGCACUCUCAGAUACAGCGGUUUCGCCGAAGCCGCCAGGCAAUUGCAGUUCCUGGGGCUUUUGGACACCGAGAACCACCCCACUCUGCACCAACAGGGGCCGGAGGUGACGUGGAGGAAGUUGAUAUGCGAUUUGCUAGGGCUGGACGAUCACAAUAUGUUCUACGAUAAUUUGAGGAAUAAGAUCAGCGAGCGAACGGGAAGCGAGACGGCCGUGGAUAUUUUGGAGGAAUUGGGGCUUUUGGACGAGGCGAAAAUCGUGAAAUGCGGCACACCUUUGGACACUUUGACCCAUCAUUUGUCGGCUAAAUUGGCCCUUGAGAAAAACGAGCGCGAUUUGGUGAUUUUACGGCACGAUAUAGGUAUAGUGUGGCCGGAUAAUAAAAUGGAGAAUCGGGGAAUUAAUUUAGUGGUUUAUGGGGAUUCUGAUGGUCAUUCGGCCAUGGCCAAAACUGUGGGAUACCCGACGGCUAUAGCCGUUAAAAUGAUUUUAGACGGUGAAAUCCAAGAACGCGGGUGUCUCCUGCCGUUCGCGCAGGAAAUCUACAGGCCGAUGUUGCAGAGGUUGCGGGCCGAAGGUCUGACAAGCACCGAAACUUCCAAAUUUUCGUGAUUAACAUUAUGUUUUCUUUAAUAACUAAAUAAAAUCGAUUUAAUCAACGCGCUGAUUGUAUAAGAU